GUGUUUGACAUUCCGUGUAAAAACAGAGCAAAACAUUACGAGUUCCGUGCUUUGAUAUUAUUCGCGUUAAUGUUAUUAAACAUCAAACUUGAACAGGUUUAAAAUGCAUUUAUAACAGUCCUCCAAAUUUCUGAACCAUUUUUACGCAGCACACCAUUUUAUAAUGAAUUAUUUGGAUUAAAUACGGUCUUCACACUGUUACCAUGGUAACAGAAGCAGCUAGCUUGCUAGCGUCGUAAACGGCUCAUCGUUAGAGCAGACCCGAUGUGUCUUACUCGAUAGCAAACAUCUUUUUGAAACACUUUUCGUGUUGUUUUUCGUUUAAAAUAUCUGACAGACGCCCUACAAUGAAUCGACAAUGACGGUGAGUUUGUAAGCUCGCCAGGUUGUUUGCUGCAGAUUAACGUGUUGAGGAUUUAUUUUUAGAGGAUGGGCGAGACAUGCAAGGUGAUCAGUGCCUGAACAUCAGGUAAAUGACAAUCCGCUGAUGGAGAUGUGCCGUCACAGACCAUGAAGAAAAUAUUCAACUUCAAGAAGAAGAAGGGCUCCCCGAGUCCCUCCGAGACUGCGAGCGUGCUCUCGGCCAGCUAUGAUGUCAAGGAGAAAGACCUCGGGAAGGUCCACAAGGCUGCGUUCAGCGGAGAUGUGGCCAAACUCAGACAGCUGGCCAAAAAGAAUGACUUGAACCAACUGGAUAAGGAGAACAGAACUGCGCUGCACAUCGCUUGUGCCUGUGGACACACAGAUGUUGUUCAGUUUUUGGUGGAGAGCAAAGUGAAGCUAAACUUAUGUGACAAUCAGAAUCGCUCCGCCUUAAUGAAGGCGGUUCAGUGUGAGCAAGACCGCUCUGUGUCUUUGCUCCUGGAACAUGAGGCUGACCCCAAUCUGGUGGACAUCAAUGGAAACACGGCACUGCACCUGGCCGCCCGCAUCCCAACCCUACCUGUGGCGCUGCAGCUCCUGGAGCACUCAGCCAACAUCAAUGCACAGAACAAGGAUGGCAACACUCCACUGAUGCUGGCUGUGAUGGAAAACCACGCAGACAUGACAGAGCUUUUACUGAAAGAGGGAGCAGAUGUUAAUGUCAAGAACCAGGAGCAACGGUCUGCAUUGAUGAUAGUGGCGUGCAAUGGACAAAUCAGCAUGGUGCGUUUGCUCCUGCAGUAUGAUGCUGACAUCACGGUGAAAGAUGAUAAGGGAUGGUCUUCUGACGAUUAUGCCGUCAUGAAUGGACACCACGCAUGUUCACAUCUUAUCAUUGAGCAUGGGACGAAGAGAAGAUCCCUUCAGUCACCUUCCCAUUUUACCUCCAGCAAAAAGAAACAGGCGUCCGUGCUCGGCAGCCCAGGUGGUAUUGUGGCUGGUUUGCCUUUGGGAGUGCCAGCUCUGGAUAAAGAUGCAGCAGGAAGCAGCUCUGCAGGAGCAGGGAAAGAUACAGAGGACAAUUCCCACACAGACUCCAUUAGCAGGGCAUCAAAAAGUGGUGCUGCUGAUUCCUGGCCUUCAUCAGAUGAUGAUGAUGAGUUAGAUUUGAGCCCAAAGAAACAGAAAGUAAACUUAAAGAAACUCAUAAGCACAUCGAAAAGGGAAAAGAUAGAAGUCAUAGCAGAUCGGGAUGCAGACAAAUCCUGGAGCGGGUCAGAGUCAGAACUGGACUGUGAGGAUAAGGGUGUAAACCGCCCACCUCUGUCCAGACCACUCCCCUCCAGCAGCACCUCCCUCCAACCCCCUGUAGCAACCCCACCCGCCUCUUUACCCCACCCACCCCAGAUGAGCUCCACCCCCUUCAGCAGCACCCAUAAGGAGGACGCAUCCACAGAGGAUGAGGAAGAGGAGGAUGUAGAAGAGGAGGAUGUAGAAGAAGAGGAGGAUGAGAGGGAAGAACCGGAGGAAAUGUGUGAAAAGUCUAAUGUUCCUCAAAAUGGUGGCACUAGCGAAGACAAGCGAAGAGAUUUCCUUUCAGAACUGGGGCUCGAAAAAGAAGAUGAAAAUGACGACUCUCCCUGGGAUUCAGAGCAUCACAAUCACCCUAAAACAGGGUUUCCCCAACCAGUGCUUAGAAAACCCCUACAGUCUGGUUCUGAGAGCCCACGGAAAAAGCAGGCCAGUGGUCCACACACUCCUGCCAAACCACAUAAAUCCAUGUCCAGUAUUUGUGAGGAGAACACUGAAGACUUCUUAUACGUUCCCUCCUUCGUAAGAGGAGGGAGGGACAUUAAUUUAUUGAGAAGUAUAGGCCAGCCAGGAGGCUGCAGGCCGAUGGUUUUAAGAAAUGAUGAGGAUGAUGUAGAAGAGAAGGAAACUGAAAUACCACCCCAAGUGAUCAAAAGAGAGCCAGUGUCUGUUCUUAGUAAGCUGAUGGAUUCAAAAGAAGCCAAUAAGAAAACAGACCUGAUGGAAGAACUUGGUUUGGGAGAUGCUGAUGAUCUCGAAGAUGCUUCAGACUGGGACUCCGCCAGCACCACCAGUAAGGCCAGUAAGAACUUCCCAGUUCAUAAGCUGGAGGAGGAACCAGUCUUUGAAAGCCCAGCAGCUUCUGCACUACCCAUAACACCCCAGCAGCAGGAAGUGGACACCAGGAAACACGAAGAAGCCAGUCCAGAGAGAAACAAACCCACAACCUCAAGCACACAACCUCUUCCUAGUCCACGAUCUCUCAACCCAGACGGCAGCUCAAAGCCACGACCACUGCCACAACUGCGCUUGGACUCGAAUCAGAGGCCAGAGAGUGAAGAAUCAGACUGGGAUACAGACACCUCCAGUCCAGCCAAGACAACAAAUUCACUGCCAAACAUCGCUGAGCCCGACGCAGUUCAACCCAAAGCUGAAGAUGACGAGAGUGAAAACAGUUCUGACGCAAGUGAAAAUGCAGAUCAGGCAAAAGAGGCAUUGCAAACGUCUUCUUUAAACACAAAUAAGCCAUCUAACGAACCGUUGAAGCUCCCAACCUCUCCUAGAGAGGACGAACAAGAUGAGAAAACUGAUGAGAUUCCCUGGGAGGAACGCUAUGAGAAAAUCUGGGUGGAGAAUGAAAAAAAGGAGACCAAGUCCCAGUACAAAAAUGUGGCCGCUGAACUAAAAGAGAAGUUCGGAGAACUUGAGCACAAGGAACUGGGUGACCUUUUGGAGCAGGAAUGGAAAGAAACACAACAGGAUAAUGAAAAGGAAGAAGAAGAGGUGGAAAAGGAAGCAGAUGAGGAUGAUUCCAGUGAGGAAGAGGGAGAGCCAAUAGUGCGGCCCACCGCCCGGGCAAGAAGUGCCAUACUUUUGCCCAUCCCUGAGCAGAGAGAGUCAGGUCUGGAGGACUCUCAGUCCGAAAGCGUUCACCGCACGGUUAGCGUUGAGGUCAGCGAUGCAGAGCUUCCCAAUGAUCAACACAACCCUCAAAUCAUCCCAGAUGCCCUGGCGGAUGAGGCCCAGCAGCCAGAGAACCAAGCGGAUGGCACUGAUGAAAAUGAGGAAGCUAAUAGUGGAAGCAAAGAAAACUGUCAACAAGAAUCUGAAAGCAAUAUAGAUGAAGAACCUGAAGAACUUCACAGACCUCCAUUACUUGCUGAGAAUGAGCUGAAAGUCCCACCCAAAAUUCUGGAAGUGCCCUUAUCUGACUCUGAUGAGGUUGAUGAGGGCCUGUGGAAGUCCAGACUUGAGGGUGGUAAGGAACGGACUGAUGGUAUGAGGGGAGAACACCAACCCAGUGCUUUAUGGGAUACUGGAGGAUCCAGAGCUGAACUUGACCAAGGAAAAGGGAAGAAAACUGACACCAACUCUGGGAACCCAAAACCUCAACAGGAAGGGAUGGCUGACGGCAGGUGUUUGGAAAGAGAGGGUAGUGUUUCACCAAGACAUCUGACAAGAAGUCCAAGAAGUACUGACAGGGCACCACCACAUGGUGAGGAAGAUGAAAAGGAGGAGGAAAAGAAAACUGUAGGUAGCCAAGCGAGAAAUCUCUGUGUAGCUCCCCCGCUGCAGGGAAAACCCUCCCGGCCCGCGACACGCCAUAACGGAGACCUCGAGUCUGUCUUUGAUGAUAGUACUUUAAGUGAGCUGUCGGAGGAGGACAGGAGGUCUCCGUCUUCAAGGCGUAAGAAAGAGCAGAGCACUGGAGAGCUGGAGAUGGCGGAUGAUUUUGAAGAUCUGACCCAGUCUUCUGACACAGCCACUGAAGAGCUGGAGACUCCAGUAUCUGGAUACCGCAACGUAUCUCUGCUCUUCAAACAGCUCGACUCUAGCUAUCUGGACUCGGUGAGCGUGGUGAAACUGCAAAACAUGUUUCAUGAGUAUGAGCGCACGAUCCAGAGGGAGAGAGACAGACACAGUCGUCUGGCGGAUAAAACCUCUCAGCUGGAGCAAGAACGCAACGAGCUCAAGAUCCUGCUGGAUGAGAUCAGAGGCAGCAAGUCCAGCCUAGAACAUCUCAAACUGGAGCUGGAAACCGACAUGAACAAUCUCAAGUUCCUUUUGAGACAGGAACAGGAAAAGCAUCAGAGCGCUCUCAUGCUGUAUAAUAAAACCCGUGAGCAGCUACAGAGGAAAGAGGAGCAGCAGCGAGCCGAGGCAGAGGAGCGCCACAAAGCCGAGCUGAAAGUUCGGAGUCUGGAACUGGAGAUCAGAGCCCUGAAGAACAGCAUCAAACAGCUUGAGGAGGAUAGAGAUGAGUCUCAACGUCUCCUGUCUCAUGAGCGCAGUGCUCGCGCCCUACAUGAGGAGUUACUCAACAACCACCUGCGUAAGCAGCAGGACAUUGAGGAGGAGAACCUCCGAAACCUCAACAAGAGCAAUGAGGCCAUGUCCCAGCUAACAGAGGCAUCGGACCGUGAGCGAGAAUUGAUGCAACAAAACCGAACCCUUCAGGAUGAGCUGAACGCCGCUCGGGCCGAGCUGGACCGCUCGCAGUGUCACAGCCGGCAGGAAGAGUCUCGUCUCGCAGAGGAGAGAGACGCUCUACGCGAGAGACUGGAGGACACCCGCAGGGACAUGAAACUGAGCGAGGAGGCCUUGGCCCAGACCGUGUUCCAGUACAACGGGCAGCUCAGCGCGCUGAAGGCCGAAUGCUCCGUGAUCACAGCUAAAAUGGAGCACGAGAGGCAGGUGAGGCAGCAACUGGAGGCCGAGGCUGAGGCGAGCAGGGCACGACUGCAGGCGGCGCUACAGGAGGCCGAGAGAUGUCAGGCAUCACGCACAGACGCAGAGCGCACACUCCAGCGAGACCGCGAGGAGCAUCAGCGUGCCCAGGAAAAGCACAUCUUUGAAUCCAGCACCCAACGGGACACCAUCCAGUCCCUCUCCCAGAAACUCAGCAAGGCCGAGGCACGUGCCAACAGCCUAGAGAACGAGUGUCACCGCAACGCUCUGACCAUCGCGGAGAAGGCCGUGCUGUUGGAGACUCUGGCCCGGGAGAAAGACCAGGUCCAGGCCAAACUCAAAGAACUGGAGGCCACGGUACUGAGCGAACGGGAGCAGGCCAGCCGUGCCGGGGCAAAACUGGAAGCCAUGCAGGAGCGGCUGGCCCAGACUCAGAGCGAGGGCGCGCUGCUGCGACAGCAGCUAGAGGAGGCGCUCAACAAGGGCUCGGCAAAGGACAAAGCUGUAACAGAUGUGCACCAAAACUUUGCCGAAAUGCUGAACCAGUUACGUGCAGACGGAGAGGAGAGAGUCCACCUGGUGGAGGAGAGAAGCAAUGAGCUGGCGAAGACGAACAGCGAGCUGAGAGAGCAGAACUACAAACUAGAGCAGGAGAAAGCUGAGAGAGAGACCUCUCUCCGACAGCUGCAGCAGGAACUGGCCGACUGUCUGAAGAAGUUGUCCAUGUGUGAAGCUUCUCUGGAGGUCAACACGCGGUACAGAAACGAUCUCGAGGAAGAGAAGGCACGCACACUCAAGGACAUGGACCGACUGAAGGGCAAGCUGCAGGAGUCUGAAGAAGUGUACGUCCAGGCCGAGAGACGCAUCAGCCAGCUGAAGAGCUCUCUGGACGAUAAGGAGCGAGAAGCCUGCAGUACCGCUAAGAAACUAGAGGAGGCGCUAGCUGCUUCUACGGGCAAAGAGCAAACCAUCAGACAGCUGGAGGAGGCGGUGCAGAGGUUAGAGAUCGAGAAUGCCAGACUGGAGGCCACGACCAAACAGCAGACCAACCGCAUUGAAGCACUACAGAAGGGCGUUCAGGAGGGCGCUGUGCUCUCAGGCUCAUCACCUGGAGAAGGGGUCAGGAAUCGCUUGGAAGAUCUCGUCACAAACCUGCAGAGCAGUAAGAUGACUCUAGAAGAGCAGCUCAACCGAGAGGUGCAGAAGCAGAGUAUGAUAUCCCAUAAUGCCCAGGACUCACAAGCUCUGUGGGAGGAGGAGCUCAAGAGCCGAUCACGACUGGGACUCCGCCUCUCUGAGCUAGAGAAAGAGAAAGGAGAACUGACCAAUCAGAUGGAGCUCGAGAAGAAAAAGGCCAAAAAACUCGCCGAGCAGAAGAAAUCUGUGGACACCCGUUUGGAGCAGGAGAUGAAGCGAAACACGGACCUUCAGAAAGAAAUGUACAGGUUGAAGACUCUAUUGAAGACCGCUAAGAAACAGCUGCGUGAACAGGGCGGUGCACAGCUGGACUCAACUCUGGGCAGCUUCAGAGGAGACAUGAGCCACCGACUGGAGGCAGAGAGCUCCUUCAGUAGAAUGAAGACACGGAUGGAUGAGCUCCAGUCUCAGUACGAGCGCGAGGCGUCGCGCUGCUCCCGGCUGGAGGAGGUGAACAGACAGCUGAAGGAGAAGCUGGCGUCUGUGAAGGGCCUGAGCCGAAGCCACGAGCAGAUGGAGCGCAGCAAGAGGCAGCUGGAGGAGGAAGUGGCCGGUCUGCGCCGGCAGCUGGAGGCCGGUGUGAUGGACCAGAGCCAGGCCGAGCAGUACCGCCGGGAGACGGAGGAAAGAGCCCGACAGGAGAUCCGACACAAACUAGAGGAGGUCAACCUCUUCCUGCAGACGCAGGCGGCGUCUCAGGAAGCUCUGGAGCAGAUGAAAGCUGCGAACGAGGCGAGUCAGCGCUCUCAGCUGGAGCAGCGCAUCAAGGAUCUGGAGGGGGAACUCGGCCGCUUACGCAGCGUUCAGCAGGACAGUCUGGUUCAGAGAGACUCCAGCCGCAGCGAGCUGGAACGCUACAGACAGCUGUACGGCGAAGAGCUCCGCCUCCGCAAGAGUCUGGCCUCCAAACUGGAGAGGUCGAACGAGCGGUUAGCGGAGGCCAACACUAAACUCCUGAGCGAGAGGCAGCGCAGUAAAUCUCUGCUCACCAGUAGUAUAGUGAACGGCAGUUUGGGAGGCCCCGCUCUGGAUGUAGCGUCUCUGGGCUCUGUGGGGGCGUAUGGAGCCUCUCUAGGACCCCUGAACAGGAGCCUGGGCCUGGGAACGCCUCUGCUGGGUACGGUAGGAGAAUCCCAGAGCAACCGCGUAGAGGCCUACCUGGCAAAGAUGCAGACGGAGCUGGAGAGGAAUAUAUCGAAGGAGCUGGACUACGGAGAGCUGGAAGGAGGUUCUGCCCGUAUGUCUCCCGUAGGUUCGGCCUCCGGCUCUCAAAACCUGAACGUGACCCUGGAGCAGAAGGACCCCGUGAGCAGAGCUACUCAACAAUAUCUGGAGGUGCUCAAGAAGAACUACAUGAUCUGACACACUGUGAAUACAAUCAACUCACACCAUAAACCCACUCCAGACACAAACUAAUGAGGGUGGACAACCACAUGCCUCCCUAAAAGGGAUAAAACAUCAGUUUGUUUACUAAAGCUGGUAUUUUGACAGCGGUUAUGGUGUUUAACAUAUUAUACGGCUCAUCAAAGUACAAUAUGUUUAUUCCUGCUGGUUCCUGCUGGUCGGGAAUAAUGCAGCCUUGAGAUGCGUCAUCACUUUUAGAGUAAAAAUGAAACUGAUGCCAUCCGUUUCAGACUUGUGCAUUAGUGCUGCAAAAACAACACAACCACCGAAAGGGCCAAAGUUUCAACACUACAAUCAGAUAGUGAACUUUAAUCGAGUGUGAAUUGACAACGCACUUUUGUGCCUCAGGAGCGAAUGAACCGCGUGUUUAAGUCGUUCUGUCAUUGCUGAAGCCAUAUGGGCGUCACUGAGGUCUUGAGGUACAUGUGAAGUGCAGCUUUCAGUGUUGCGUCACUUUUCUUGCUUUCAUUGUAUGUGGGUUUUAGUUGACUAUGUAAAUACUUUGGCUGUUUUUGUAGUCAGUGGAUAUUAUAAAAAGUGUUACAUUUGUACCGUUAAUAUUAUUGCCAAGUAAUGACAAUGGUACGUCCUACACUAUCGUGCAAUAUACUCGUUUUAAUUUCAGAUGACGAAACUCUCAGUUGGAGAUGUUUUUUGGGAAAUGAAUGCUAUACUUGAACGAGAUGAAACUAGACAAUGAUCUGGUGAGUUUUCUCGAGUGUGACAGUGUCACCGCUUCGCUGUGCUCAGGAUGAAUCAAUGUAUAAGUGAAGAUGUUGCAUAAUGUUAAUAAAAUAUGUGUAAUUUUU